CUUAUUUUGAUGUUAGUUUAGUGCACAGACCAACCGCAAUUGUAAAAUUACAAAAUAAAGGAAAGAAGCGAAAGUUCAAGAAUAUUUUCAAAAAAAUGACCUUUCAUAAAAAACACCCAAAGAAAGAAAUGGCACGCGACAAAGUGAAUCGAAUAAAACGCUCAAAUCCUUUCAAGAUUCUAAAAGAUAUCGUGCUAAGAAACCGGUACACUGAUACAAAUAAUAAGGUGCGAAAAUUAUUUGAUUACGACGUAGUGACAACUAGUUCAAAUUACAAUUUUGUAAAUCACAACAACCAAUUGUCAAAAAUAGAAGCACUAUUGGGUCAAGUACCAAAUAUUACGAGUAAAUUGGAAUCUCAUGAUUAUGACCAAUAUUAUUAUCUACCUAACGAUUUAAGUAUUUUACAUAAUAAAGGAUUAUACACCACCAAAGAAAGAACGUUAUUUAUAUCAAACGAACUACCUUUGCUACCUGAUUUACCUUUAGAGCCUACACCGCAAAAUCCAUUCACUUAUAAUGGUUUAGAUAAAACUAAUUAUUUUGAUGACAUAAUUAAUAUACGAGUAAAAGCGGCGAGCGACCAAGAAACUAAAUCGACUUUUAAUUCAGAAGAGCGUAAAAAGAUAGAUCCAUUAUUAGAAAAUCUACUUGGAAGUAUCACUGCAGAAAAUUUUCCAUCAACCGAAAAUAUACAAAACAACUACGUCAACCACGAUACAGAGAGGGAGGUGGAGGCUAUGAGUGAUAUUUACAAGACAAAUAUAAAAAAGAUACAACCAAAUAAAUAUAGCUACAAGCUGAUUCUGUACAAUGAUAAUAAGAAAGAAAAUGAAUUAAGAAACAUGGAUCCUAGGUAUGGGAAUCAGCAAGUAUUGUCAAAAAGAGCGAAGUCCAGAAAUAUAUUUACGCAUCGCAAAGUUCCAGAGAAAACUGUACCACAUAACAAAACUGAUACUAAAGGAAGUCAUAAAAUCAGUAGUAAAUUACAGAAACCCCAACCCGCGAAUAAUGUUAAAAAACAGAAGAAACCAAAAAUACUUCCAACUACAAAAAUGCAGAAACAGCAGAAAGCCCACCCAGAUCAUUUCUUUACAACACCUUUGCCGAUGUCAGACAACGAAUUUAACAAGUUUCUAGAAGAUAACAACAUUGAUGUUCAAUCCGUUACGGCCCCGUUGCCAAAUUAUAUUCCCUUUUCUACACAUGUGAUGCACAUUGUAUCAAAGUUAAAGCCAUACAAGAAUAAUAUACCAAAUAUAGGCAAGAAAAAUAAUAGAAAGCAUGGAACGAAACAAAAUAAUUAUAAUUUGUACAUACAACGUCAAAGGAAGAAAAGGGAUAAGAUUUGGAAAAAAAAUAAAUCACCAAAGUUGAGUGGAAAACCAGUUUUAGAACCGGAAAUAACAUUUACACCUAAGAAUAAAAUGUCUGUCAAAGUAUGAGUUUAUUCGUAAAA